AGUAAUAAAAUAAUAAAUCAUAAAUAUAAUAAAUCGAUUAUCGUGAUUGAGAUUUAAUUGUUUAAAGACUCGAGAAAAGGAUUAAUUAAAUCAGUGUUAAUACGCGUGUGUAUAAAUAAAAGGGAACUUCAAAGUGACAACACGAUUGGUAAGGAUAGAUCAUCGUAGAUCAUCAUAGAUCAUCAUCGUUGAUCAUUUAAGAGGAUAGCAGAAAAGAAGACAAAUUCAAGGAUACAAGGAAUCGUUUUCUUGCCGAUCGUGGAGGUGGAGGGUACGACAAAUCGAAAGAAGUAGACGACAACAAUCCCCGUCGGCCGUCGGCAGAAAGAAAGAAAGAGACAGAGAGAGAAGAUCAAGAAGUAGAAGAAGAAGAAAGAAGAAAAAGGAGAGAGAGAGAGAGAGAGAGAGAGAUCUUGUGACCAAUAGGGUGUUAAAGGCCCAAAGAUUCUGCCAACGCAGCAGCUCGGCGCUGCGGUCGCUCCAUGGCCGGGCGCCACCGGCCUCCUCGCCUCCGUCACCGCUGACGAUAUGGCACACAAGGGUCACAGUGGAGUGAACCAAUUAGGUGGUGUCUUCGUCGGUGGUAGGCCACUUCCGGAUUCGACGAGGCAAAAGAUCGUCGAACUUGCACAUUCCGGUGCACGUCCUUGCGAUAUCUCAAGGAUCCUGCAGGUCAGCAAUGGCUGUGUUUCGAAGAUCCUUGGCAGGUACUAUGAGACCGGAUCCAUAAGGCCAAGGGCCAUUGGCGGUAGCAAGCCGCGAGUGGCCACGACGGAAGUCGUCAACAAGAUUUCACUUUAUAAAAGUGAAUGUCCGUCGAUUUUUGCUUGGGAAAUAAGAGAUCGUUUAUUGCAAGAAGGCGUCUGCACCAAUGACAACAUUCCAAGCGUUUCGUCAAUCAACAGGGUAUUGAGAAAUUUGGCAGCGCAAAAGGAACAAAGGCAACAACAACAACAACAGCAACAGGGUGUUGGUGGUGUUGGCGUUGGCGUUGGUGUCGGAGUUGGUGCUGGUAGUCCUGCCGAGAGUGUUUACGACAAGCUCAGGCUACUGAACGGACAGACCACUGGUUGGCCAAGACCUAAUCCUUGGUAUCCGUCGGGCGCGGGAAGCCCUUUUCCAAGUCUUCAGCCUAGUCUGAGUCCGAGCCAUUGCACAGCGCUACCGCCUGAUCCCGCCGAUAUUCUCCACUCCAAAAAGGUGGCUGAUCUCGAAGGUGGUACCCAUUCCGAUGAAACCAACAGCGGUGGUGAUAACAGUAACGCUGGUAGCGUAUCCGGUGGUGCCGACGACGAUCAAGCUCGUUUAAGACUUAAAAGAAAACUUCAGAGAAAUCGUACGAGCUUCAGCAACGAGCAGAUCGACGCCCUUGAAAAGGAAUUUGAGAGGACGCAUUAUCCGGACGUGUUUGCGAGAGAACGACUGGCUGGAAAGAUUGGCCUACCGGAAGCUCGAAUACAGGUAUGGUUUUCGAAUCGGCGGGCAAAGUGGAGACGAGAGGAGAAAUUGCGUACGCAACGGAGGGACAACCCGCAGCAGCAACAACAGCAACAGCAGCAACAACAACAACAACAGCAGCAGCAACAACAGCAACAACAACCGCAGCCUCAGCCACAACAACAAUCUCAUACGGCAGGUGUUAGCCUGGUGGGUGGUGGUCAUCCUACGCCACCUCCACCUACUGGAAUACUUGGUGGACAGGCACCACCGCAAGCACCACCGUCGCCACCAAGAAUACACCAUGGAUUUGCACCGACCGCUGUUUAUCCAGGAAUACCUAGUAUGCCGGACUCGUACAGUCCCAUGACAUCAAUGCCAAGCUUCACGAUGUCAGGUGGUAGUCAACAGAAUCAACACACGACGAGCAGCAUGUCUUCAUUAUCAGGCUCUCUUUCGGGUUCAUUAUCAGGCUCACUAUCGGGAGGUGGAAUGGGCCCAAUGGGUAUGACGGUUGGCAUGACUGUUGGCCCUAGUCCAGGCGCGUGCCUUCAACAACGUGACAAUGGUUACUCUUGUGGCGUGGCACGACCACCGAGCUACGAACCACUUCAUUUGGGAUACGGUGCGAGGCCAACCUGCAGUCCGACCCAGCCUUACCACACCGCGGGCCUUAAUCAGUACAAUCAGAACGCCAGCUCGACCGGUUUAAUAUCACCGGGUGUGAGCGUACCGAUCGCAGUACCAGGCCAACCAGCACCAGAUAUGGCGGCGCAAUAUUGGUCACCAAGGCUACAGUGACCGUGGUGGUCCUCGACGUCGACCUCGUCCUCGUAGGCACGAGUCUCUUCG